UAAGCGGGCAGAUCGAUAUUCUCGCCGCUUAACUGACAGUGCGUUAGAUUAUUCUGUGGAGAAUGGUCCGUGAAUCAUACGUUCAUACGAUGCCGCUGCAAUUGCAACAAUAAAUCUUUAUUCGCGAACAUACAAAUCACGAACUGUAAGCGUACAAGUUUUAUGUUAUUCUGCCAGCGUGCGUACUAUCGCCCGCGCCCUCUUCAAGCGCUUAUCAGUUAGAUCAUCAAAAGGUCAUCGGAGCAUCGACGGGUAACCUUGAGUGUUUGGUGCGAUUGCUAUGCACUCGCACUUUGCUACGCAUCGCUCGAUAGGGCAGUCCGUUCCAAACGCAGUCCGGAGUGGCUGUCCGACACGGUACGGUCAAAAUGGGUCUCUUUCCAUUCUCACCAUUGGUUGUAGCGAUUCUCCUUACGCCGAGUGUUCUGGGAGCCGUCCAAGUGUCCGUGCCGACACCGGAAAUCGAAUCAACGACUAACAUCUGGAGCACGGAGGAUGAAAAUUUGGCCGACUGGAAGGUGGAAGAGUGUGUUGUGGAGGGUCAGCAUCCGGCAAUCGACUCGGCCCUCCUCCGUGGACACUGCCCACUGGCGGUGGAACAACUUCGCGUACCAGUUGGAGCACUUGCGGUGCAAGAGGAGGCAUUCGCAUCGUAUACCAAUCUAACCUCACUUCAUUUGGACAACAACUGGCUGGCCGACGUACCGAAGAAGGCUCUCGCAGGUCUGCCUGCCCUCAAGUCGCUGUCAAUUAGCGGCAAUCGGUUGCCGUCCGUACGGAGCGACGUGUUCCUGGAUGUGACACAGUUGGUGUGGCUGUCGUUGAGUGACAACGCCAUAACGUUCAUCCAGCCGGACUCACUGGAGGCACUGGAGAGCUUAACAUUUCUCAAUCUGAGCUGGAAUCGGAUCGCUACACUCGAAGGAAACUGGUUACAAGCGUUACAUCGAUUGCAGGUGCUCGAUCUCAGCUACAACAACGUCGCCCAGCUGAAGCCAACCACAUUCCAUUCGCUCGAGGCGUUAACGGAGCUAC